GUUCCUUGCGAGAGGGAGAAGAGAGAGGGAGAGAGGGAGAGAAGAGAGAGAGAGGAGGAGGAGGAAAAUAAGCGAGUGUGAGUUUCGUUUCUGGUUGUCUCUUCUGUCCGUUCUUGGAUUUUCUUAAGAAGGUGGGAAGACGGGAGAGGAUUGAAGAAAGGAGAGAGACAAAGAGGAAAAGGAAAGAUGAAGUUCUUCGUUCUGGUUUCCCUUCUCGCCUUCGGAGCCGUGGCGAAGGGCGACGGCGUGGCGAGCAGCAUCGAGUCCCUCAUCUCCAGCAUGAAGGAGAGUUUCUCGGGCCUCAGUGCCAAGCGAGACCUGUGGUACGAGAAUUACUCGACCAUAACCAAACUCACCCAGAGCGACACACUCCAGCUGGAAGAACUCCUUCUCGUUAGCAAAAUGGCUAUUCCCAUGAUCUGGUCGAUGUACGUAAACCAAGUACAAGGCCAGAAAGCUUACCUCACCCGCCUUGUGAAUCAAGAAUUGGCUCAGUCUCUUCCCUACAACGCGGGAUUCCUAGCGCCGCCUUUCCCCUAUUUCCACGUCGAGGCCACGCUCAGUAUGGGCGAGCUGCAAGAUUUCCAGGUAGAAGUUUUACGGGAUAGUGACGUCAUCUAUUCUCUCGCGGUUGACUUCGACGAAAAGCGCGUGGUGUUGGGCGAGGCUCGCGAACGGAAUCGAAUCCUCCUUGAAGGCGACGAUUUCCCGCCGUUCCAAGCGUCGCAUCCUUUUACGAUCAACGUGCAAAUCGCCGACGACUGUGCCUUCACUUCCCUGUGGAUGACGAAGAUGGACGCCAGCAUCCCCGUGCCUCUGCCCACGAAGCAUCACUGGUGCACGCAGGACUACCAACAAGCUAGCACCUUCACCAUCAGGCUCGGCCAAGACGACCAGGGGACCCCAGACUCAGCAGAAGACGACCAGAACGACUUCGGAGGCGAACACCAGGCCAUUCAGCUCUUGGCUUUGACAGUGUAUGAUGGUGUCCUUGUUCAGUGAAUUCAUUGAUCUUC